CUGAGUGAGUGAGUGAGCUGCCUUUCCCCGUGUUCACUCCAAAUCCAGCCCAGCCUGCUCUGCCGCGAGCUCGCUCCUCGAUGCGACUGGGAUUUCCUCAACUUGCUAACACACACACACACACACACGCACGCACGCGCACACACACUCAUGCACACACACACACAUGCACAUAUAAUAUUCACAUAGCAUAGGAAACAUAGGAAGGCUACACACUUCUUCAGCUUGGGCUCGAGACUCUCUCUUUCUCUGACCCACACACACUAAUACACACACAUACACACAUUCAAACGCACGAACGCACUCACUCACGCACGCGCGCGCACACGCACACUCACACAUACGCACACACACACACACACACACGCUCGCGCACUCCGUCCGUCUGCGGCUCCAGCAGCGCAGCGCAGCAGCGAUGGCGAGACGACGCUCGCUUUAGUGGCUCGCGCGCCCGUUCGUGCUCGCCUCUCACGAUACUUUUUUUUUCCCCUUGCGCUACUUUUUCGCGUGCCCUCUCUCUACCUCUCGCGCCGUCGAUAUCGUGGAGAUGGUGCGUUAGGGACCGCGCACGGGCUCUUUUCUCCCUCUCUACGCCGGUCUUUCUCCUCACGCGCUCGGCUUUGGGAUGGAGUUUAUGCGAGGAGCUCGUGCUGGAAGAGCAAUGCAGCAGCAGCAGAGGCAGAGGCAGCAGCAGCGCGCGGGGCUUUGCACUGCACAUCAGGACUGAGGCACGCGCCAAACCUCCUAUACAAACAGCCAAAAACACGAGAAAAGACUACUACUACUACUACACACACACUGCUGGGACACUGGUGCACACUCUUCUUCACUCUAUGGAAGAUGACCGGUGAGGACCCUCAGCCCAUGACCGAUCGCUGACGUUCCCCAGAACCUGGAUACCCGUGCUGUUUUUUUGUUUUCUGCUAAUCCACUCACUUCUCCAACCGCCGCUGCCCUCGUCCGGCAUCUGGAAGCCGAGGAACAAAAUGGCCGCCUCGGUGUGGAAGUGCCCCCUGCUGUGUGGCCUCCUGUUUGCCGUGGCCUUUUACCAGUGCUCUGAAGCGUUUAGUCGGGCGGCUCUACCGUUUGGCCUGGUACGCCGAGAGCUGUCGUGCGAAGGCUACCCCAUUGACCUUCGCUGCCCGGGGAGCGACGUCAUUAUGAUCGAGACGGCCAACUACGGCCGCACGGAUGACAAGAUCUGCGACGCUGACCCUUUCCAGAUGGAAAACAUCAACUGCUACCUCCCAGAUGCCUACAAAAUCAUAUCUCAAAGAUGUAACAACCGGACGCAGUGCGUCGUUAUCACCGGCUCCGAUGUCUUUCCAGAUCCGUGUCCUGGGACCUACAAGUACCUCGAGGUCCAAUAUGAGUGUGUUCCAUACAUUUUCAUUUGCCCCGGGACGCUGAAAGCAGUGGGGGAGCCUGCCUUUGUCUUCGAGGCAGAGCAGCAAGCGGGCGCCUGGUGCAAAGACCCCCUGCAGGCGGGCGACAAGAUCUAUUUCAUGCCUUGGACCCCGUACCGCACGGACACCUUGAUAGAAUACAGCUCUCUGGACGAUUUCCGGAACGGCCGGCAGACCACCACGUACAAGCUCCCUCACCGGGUGGACGGCACGGGCUUCGUGGCCUACGAUGGCGCCAUCUUCUUCAACAAGGAGCGCACCAGGAACAUCGUCAAGUUCGACCUGCGCACCCGGAUCAAGAGCGGCGAGGCCAUCGUGGCCAACGCCAACUACCACGACACAUCGCCCUACCGCUGGGGGGGCAAGACGGACAUUGACCUGGCGGUAGACGAGCGGGGUCUGUGGGUCAUCUACGCCACCGAGCAGAACAACGGCCGCAUCGUGCUGAGCCAGCUCAACCCCUACACGCUGCGCUUCGAGGCCACCUGGGAAACGGCCUACGACAAGCGCUCGGCCUCCAACGCCUUCAUGGUGUGCGGGGUGCUGCACGUGGUGCGCUCCACCUACGAGGAGAAUGAGAGCGAGGCGGGGCGCAGCCACAUAGACUACAUCUACAACACCAGACUGGGCCAGGGGGACCGCGCCGAUAUCCCCUUCCCCAACCAGUACCAGUACAUCGCUGCCGUGGAUUACAACCCUCGAGACAACCAGCUCUACGUGUGGAAUAACUUUUACGUGCUGAGAUACGACCUGGAGUUUGGACCGCCCGAUCCGGACGAAGUAUCAACAGUACCAGACAACGUGGUCUCCACAAUGUUUCCCAGAAGGACCACGACCACCAUCAGCACCACCACCAGCACCACGCACCGGGGCCCUGCUAACGUCACGUCCACCGCAGACCCCAGGCAAAGCAAGGGGGUGCUGGACCCAGUACUGGAGCACCCCGGAACGACGGACCCCACCAUCUCCAGCCUUCCCCCCUCCAGCAGACGCUUCUGCGAGACCACUGAGGUCAGGGACAUCAUCUGGCCACAGACACACAGGGGUCUUACUGUGGAGCGGCCUUGUCCGAAAGGAACCAGAGGUAUUGCCUCAUUCCUCUGUACGUCUGCAAGUGGCACCUGGAACCCCAAAGGGCCGGAUCUGAGCAACUGCACUUCCCACUGGGUCACACAGGUGGCGCAAAAGAUCCGGAGCGGCGAGAACGCGGCCAAUCUGGCCAACGAACUGGCCCGGCACACGCAGGGCCCGGUGUUCGCCGGAGACGUCAGCUCCUCCGUCCGGCUCAUGGAGCAACUGGUGGACAUCCUGGACGCGCAGCUUCAGGAGCUCAGGCCCAGUGAGAAAGACUCGGCUGGACGCAGCUUCAACAAGCGUCAAAAGCGAGAAAAGACGUGCAGGGCCUAUAUGAAGGCCAUCGUGGACACGGUGGACAACCUCCUGAGGCCGGAAGCCCUGAAGUCCUGGAAGGACAUGAAUUCCACGGAGCAAACGCACGCCGCCACCAUGUUACUGGAUACCCUGGAGGAAGGGGCCUUUGUCCUCGCGGACAACCUGAUCGAGCCCGCCGUGGUCAAAGUGCCCGCCGAUAAUAUAAUGCUGGAUGUGUACGUGCUGAGCACUGACGGCCAGGUUCAGGACUUCAGGUUCCCGCAGAGCAGCAAAGGAGGAGCAACCAUCCAGCUCUCAGCCAACACUGUCAAACUCAACAGCAAGAACGGUGUUGCCAAGCUGGUCUUUGUGCUGUAUAAGCACCUGGGCCGCUUCUUGACCACAGAGAACGCCACCCUGAGGCUGGUGGGGGAGGGCGGGGUCAGGAACCACACCCUGACCGUCAACUCCCACAUCCUGUCCGCCUCCAUCAACAAAGAGUCCAGCCGAGUCUUCGUGUCUGAACCGGUCAUCUUCACCCUGGAGCACCUGGAUACGGAGAACUACUUCAACCCAAACUGCUCCUUCUGGAACUACUCGGAGAGGAGCAUGAUGGGAUACUGGUCUACUCAGGGCUGCAAACUGCUGGGCACCAAUAAAACACACACCACCUGCUCCUGCAGUCAUCUCACCAACUUCGCCAUCCUCAUGGCUCAUCGAGGACACGUGGGUGAUGGAAGUGUCCACGAGCUGCUGCUGAAUGUGAUAAAGAGGAUGGGCAUCGCUGUGUCCCUUGUCUGCCUGGCCAUCAGCAUCUUCACCUUCUGCUUCUUCCGUGGUCUGCAGAGCGACCGCAACACCAUCCACAAGAACCUGUGCAUCAACCUCUUCAUCGCCGAACUCUUCUUCCUCGUGGGCAUUGAUAUGACUGAACCUCCGAUCGUGUGCUCAGUCAUCGCCGGAGUGCUGCACUUCUUCUUCCUGGCUGCGUUCGCCUGGAUGUGUUUGGAGAGCGUGCAGCUCUACCUCAUGCUGGUGGAGGUGUUUGAGAGCGAGUUCUCACGCAGGAAGUAUUACUACGCCGCCGGGUACCUCUUCCCAGCCGUGGUGGUGGGCAUCUCCGCCGCCAUCGACUACAGGAGCUACGGGACCGCCAGAGCCUGCUGGCUGAGGGUUGAUAACCACUUCAUUUGGAGCUUCAUCGGUCCUGUUGCAUUCAUUAUCAUGCUCAAUCUGGUCUUCCUGGUCGUGACCAUGUACAAGAUGGUGAAGCACUCCACCUCGGUGAAGCCGGACUCCAGCCGCCUGGAAAGCAUCCGGUCCUGGGUGCUGGGUGCGUUUGCGCUGCUGUGUCUUCUGGGACUGACGUGGUCUUUCGGAUUGUUCUUCCUGAACGAGUCGUCCAUGAUGGCCUACCUCUUCACCAUCUUCAACACCCUGCAGGGAAUGUUCAUCUUUAUCUUCCACUGUCUCCUGCAGAAGAAGGUACGAAAAGAGUACAGCAAGUGUUUCCGGCAGUCUCAGUGCUGCGGCGGUCUCCCAUCCGAGGGGUCUCACAGCACCGGCAAAGCGUCCACCUCCCGCUCCACCGCGCGCUACUCCUCCGCCACUCAGAGCCGCAUCAGGAGGAUGUGGAACGACACAGUGAGGAAACAGUCCGAGUCGUCCUUCAUCUCUGGGGACAUCAACAGCACGUCCACGCUAAACCAAGGAAUGACUGGCAACUAUCUGUUAACUAACCCCCUCCUCCGAGCUCACGACACUAAUAACCCCUAUAAUAACCUGCUGGCUGAGACCAUCGUGUGUAACACGCCCUCCCCGCCCGUCUUCCACUCACCAGGACAGCACUCUCUGAGCAACAGCCGGGACGUCAGCGCCAUGGACACUCUGCCGCUCAACGGCAACUUUAACAACAGCUACUCUCUGCGGGACGAGGAGUGCGACGACCCUGUGCUGCGCUGCCCGGCCGAGUGCGCGCUGGGCCUGGACGACGCUGCCUUCGAGAAGAUGAUCAUUUCCGAGUUGGUGCACAACAACCUGCGGCCACGGGGCGGGGGCGGGGCCGGCGGCCAGCCUCAUCCCCCCCGGGGCCGGGACAGGGGGUUUCCAGCCGUAGCCUCCCGCCACGCCAUCCGGGGCAGCGGCGGCAGCAGCAGUGGCAGCGAGGACGACGCCAUCGUGGCUGACGCCCCCGCCCCGCCCACGUCUGCUUCCGCCGACCGCUCGACCCCGCUGGAGCUUCUUUUGCACCCGCACCACCGGGACGUCCUGGAUGCCCCACUGCUGCCCCAGCGGACUCACUCGCUGCUGUACGGCAACAGGCAGGCGCCCCGCCGGCCCGUCAUUUGCCAUGGCGGCCGAGGGGAUGGAGGAGAGGAUGAGGACGAGGAUAAUGAGGAGAAAAAAAAGGCGGGGCUUGAGGAGAGCAUGCAGUCACCCAGUAACAAUAGAGACUCGCUGUACACCAGCAUGCCCAACCUCAGAGACUCAUCCGUGGAGGACGACCGUUCUCCCAUUUACCCGCAGGACGGUGAGGAGGAGGAGGACGAGUGUUUGCCCUCCUCAUCCUCCAGCCACAGCGAGGCAAAGGAGGAGCCGUGCCACAAAAGCAUGCCGGACCUUGGCGACGGUGCUCAACCGCUGUCCUACUACCACAUCGGUAGACGGGGCACGAGCGAGGGCUGCAUCGGGCCGGGAACGCCCGAGGCCUGCCAGGCGGCCCAGCCCGAUCCGGCCCUCGACGGACAGAUGCAGCUCAUCACCAGCCUCUGAGCAACUCUUCCCAAUCCUCCUCUCCAUCCUUCCUUCUCUCGGCCCUGGACGCUUUCCAUGAGCCCCACGUUCAGUCUUAAAAUAAAGGAAUUCUCCACAGUUUAAUGGAAGCCAAUGAGGAGAUUCUUCCGUUCAAAAUGUAUUUCAAGUCCAUGGUUCUUUAGUUCUUUUCCUAUGUAUUAGGAAACUAUAACAGAUAAACCUUAGUUUACAAGAUAAUGCAGUAUUCCUUUAAGACCAGAGCUCAUCCACCCAGCAUCCCCCAACAAACCCUAAUAUAUGGUUGGUGUACCAUACUUGUGAUUGUGUGAUCUUUGAGAUAUUCUGGAAUGUUCUCUGAAUUUUAACACUGUUUUAGAGUGUUGUUCCCCCAUUGACAGCUCUAGAUUGUUCUUCAUCCUAUUCAAAAUCUUCUAGAAUGAUACCCCCAACCUAUGCUGUUUUAAAAUGUCCUACUUCCCUAUUACACUGUUUUAGAGUGUUCAUCCCUCUUUCACACAGUUCUGGAUUGUUAUAGUUCCAGUCCACACUGUUCUAGAAUGAUAUUCCCCAUAUUUGCUCUCUUAUUAAAUGCCUGUCCCAGUGAAUGUUUUCCUCACUUGCAGGCUAUUCUUGAAAGCCUGCUCCAUCAUACUGUUGUAAAAUGCCCCACUCUCUAUUACACUAUUUAGAGUGCUAUGUUCUCCACAUUCAAGCUAUUCUAUAAUUUCUAACCUCCAUAUUCCCUGUUAUUGUAUAUUUUAGAAAAAUAUUUGUCUAUUCACACAGUACAUGAUCUUCUGUUUAAUUAUCUUUAAUUCCAAUUUACAUGUUACAAUGUUUUCCCCACAUUUCCCCACUAUUCCAUGUAUUCUGUUCUAGAUUAUUCCUCCCUUUUUUACAGUUAUAGAUGAUUUUUCUCUUAUUCACACUAUUUUAAGGAAGAUUUCCUAUUCGCAAUGUUCUAGAAUAUAUUUUUCACAUUCAUACUGAUCUGAAACAUGCCCUCUUUCCUAUAGUCACACUAUUCUAGAAAGCCCUGCUUUGCUCUAUUCUAGAACAUUGUUCCUCCAUUCACACAGUUCUAGAAUGACCAUAUCCUUAUAUACACACCUAUCUAGAACCACCGCUCUCAUUAAAACUGUUCUAGAAUGUUUUUCUCUUUUUAACAGUAAUCUCCCCAUUUGUCCUAUUUUUUCAUGCUAUUCUACAAUGUUUAGUUCUCCAUAUCCACACUGAUCUAGAAUGCCCAUUGAUUCCCAUUCACACUGUUCUCAAAUACUAAUUUACCAAUGUCCACACUAAUCUAGAACCCCACUCUCCCAUUCAUACUGUUCUAGAAAGUUCUUCCCCUUUUCACAGUGGUCUAAAACAGUAUCUCCAAAUUUACACUGUCCUAUUUUUCACGCUUUUAUACAACAGUUUGUUCUACAUUUCCACACUAUUCAAAAUAGCCAGUUGAUUCCCAUUCACACUGUUCUAGAAUGCCAAUUCCCUUAUGUCCACAAUAAUCUAGAGGCAUGCUCUCCCAAUGAUACUGUUCUAGAAUGUUCUUUUUUUACAGUGAUCUAGAACAUUCUUUCCAUAUUUAUACUGUCCUUUUUAAGUUCUCCAUAUAUACACUAUUCUAGAAAGCCUGUUGAUUCCCAUUUACACUGUUCUAGAAUGGCAAUUUCCAUAUGUCCACAUGAAUCUAGAACCACACUCUGCCAUUAAUACUGUUCUAGAAUGUUCUUCUCCUUUCACAGUGAUCUAGAACAUUCUCUCCACAUUUACACUGUCCUAUUUUUUCAUACUUUUCUACAACGUUUAGUUCUACAUUUCCACACUGAAGGCCCAUUGAUUCCCCUUCACAGUGUUUUAGAACGCCAAUUUCCUUAUGUCCACACUAAUCUAGAACCACUACUCUCCCAUUGAUACUGUUCUAGAAUGUUCUUCUCCUUGUCACAAUGGUCUAGAGCAUUCUCUCCAUGUUUACACUGUCCCAUUUUUUGUUCUCUUUCAUGCUGUUGACCUACAAUGUUCAGUUCCCUAUAUCCACAAUAUUCCUGAAAGCCCAUUGAUUCCCAAUCACACUAUGAUCUAGAAUGUUCUGUUCCCAUUUUCCAUGGUUCUAUAAUGCCCUCUUUACCAUUUCCACACUGUUCUAGAAUCCCAUUUUCUUUAAUAAUGUUCUUGGAUGUCAUUCUCUCAUGCACACUGUUCUAGAAGGUUCCUCUGUGUCUGGAAUCUGUUAGAAGGCUGGAGUUUGUUGGGCAGUGUUGGGUCAGUGUGCUCUGGUCUUAUUCACCUUUUCCAGUUUUGUUGAUGUUGAAGAUGGGAUGAAUGCUGGCGCCUGUGUGUGUGUGUGUGUGUGUGUGAUUAUAAAAUAUGUGUAUGUAUGAUUGGGGUUCACUGGAAUCUACAGUAUGUGCCCAGCUUGGUUUGGGGGGUUUGGUUUUACUUCUUUUUUGAUGGUCCAUCACCCACAGACGCUCUUCUUUCUUCUCCUCAUCCCAGUUUGAUUGUAUUGUUUAGUUUUAUUGUUUUUUUUUUUUGUUUUUUUAUAUAAGUGGACCGGCCAUCUGCACGGUUUAAAUCACUCCACUGUGGGAUGGUGGCCGCUGAGGUGGGAAAAGCACACAGGCUGCUUGACGAGCAAAAAAAAAAAAGGUGUUUGUGAGAAAGGCUGGCGCUGUCCGCGCUCCGGCCAUCGCUUUGUAUGAUAUCCUGUACUGUUUGUACUGUUCCGAUGAAAAAAAAUGGACAUGAAGACAUGAACUUUACCCAUGCUAGACUUUUAGAACUCUUUGAGAACUGUCUCAGUCGGGUCGUUUCCGAAGGACAGUCCCUUCGACCCCUGAAGUUUAGGGGUUCGGGGACGGGUAGACCCAUGACUCGCGUCACGGACUGAACUGAAUUAAGAAAAAUGUUUUAAAAAAUUAAGAAAGAAAAAGAACCACUACUCCUGACUCAGGCCUUAUAUUUUCUCUAUUGCACAUGUAACAGUUGUAAGAAUGACAGCUAAAGAAGAUAUAUUUUGCUGUACCACAAGUGGAAAAACGUAAAAAAAAAAAACAAACAAAACAAAAAAACAAUUAGAAAAGAAAAAAAAAACUAUUAUUGCAACCAACAUUGAAAUUUGAGAGGUUUUAGAGAAGCGGUUGCACUUUUUUGUUGAAAUGUGUGAAAUCUUCCUACAUUUUGCUCGUUGUAGAAGCUUUGAGGACGUAAAAAGAAGCCCAUAUUCACAUUUCCACUUGUGAACAGUGUAUUUGCUUUCAUCAAUUACGGAUAUUAACAGAAAAAUUGAGUUUUUUAAUUUUUCCUUUUAUUUUGCCAAUGUACGUGUGCAGGGAAAAAAAGCUUUCUUCCUUCUUUUUCUGACCUAAAAAAGUUCCGUCUUGCACAAAUUGGGAGUGAAUUGGACUUCUAUGUAAUUUAUUUUGGUGUAAAAAUGCUUGGCAGUAAUUGCCAGGGACAAAGAACCUUUUUUUGUGUCAACAUAAUGUCUUAUAAAACAUAUCUCAGCAUUUGACACUAAAUAAUUUAUUAGAUGAAGUAUGGAAUAUUGAGAAAUAAUGAUAAUAAUAAUAAUAAAAAAGGUUGGAAGGAAAGUGUGUGCGAGAAAACAGCGCCGUUGUAUUGGUUUCGAUCUUUUCUAGGAGCCCAUUGUCAGACGCUGAUGUAAAUUCAACUCUUGUUUGAUAUCAAAUAAAUGUGACAAUUUUUUUUUC